AGGUGUUGCCAAAUAAUUUCUUUGGAUCAUGAUCAAUAUACAAAGAACAGUAUUCGGUGGAAUUUCUUCACUUUUUACGACAUCUCUACAUGUUGUUGCUCAUAAUCUUAAUUUAUAUAAUGAGGAUAUAAAGUUGUUACCACCCAGUAUAAAGAGCAAACUUUUGUAUAUUUUAUCAAAAAGAGGGAUUUUAAGUGAUGCCAACAUAGAAUUUUGCUUGCACGCAAGAUUAAAAGAAAUUGAUUUAAGUGAAAGCGAUGUCACUGACGAGGCAUUGGCGACAAUCUCAAAAACAUGUAUAAACUUGGUAAAAAUUGAUUUAAAUUCUGCAAAAGAAAGCCGAAAGACAAUAUCUAAUGAUGGAAUUAUUAAAAUAGCACAAAGCUGUCGUUGGAUUCAAGUUUUCUACCUUCGUCGGUGUUUGAACAUUGGUGACGAAGCAGUGGUGCAAAUAGCUGUAAAUUGUAAAAGCAUAAAACAUCUUAAUCUUGGUGGUUGCUCUGGUGUCAGUGACAGAAGUCUACAAGCGCUUGCUGAGAAUUGCCCUAAUCUUGAAAGCCUGAAUGUCUCUUCAACCAAGGUAUCUGAUAAUGGUGUGUUUCAAAUAUGUAAAGGAAAAUGUUGCAACACAUUGACAGAGUUUCAUAUGGCAUUGUGUCAUAAUAUAACUGAUGAAGCUAUUGAAUGCAUUAUCGAGUAUUGUCGUAAAAUUCGAAUUUUGAUAUUUCAUGGAUGCCCAAAAAUCACAGAGGAUUCGAGAAUAGCAUUAGAAGAGCUUCUUGCAAGAGAAUGUUCUAAUGUGAAGCAACUGACUUGGACAGUGUAUUGAGGAUUGUUUGCUCCGUUUGUUCUCGUGUGGCGAAGCCAGAACCAAAUGUAUUUGUGAUAAUACAUAUUAUGUCCAACCAUCAUAUAAUUAAACUUAUCUUAUCGACUGUUACGGAAUAAAUAUAUAUAUAGUUUUUUUUGGUAUUCCCAAAUGGUGAAUAUAGUAUCACUGUAUUGUUGAAUCACUGUGUAAAAUCACUGUUGUCAGUGCUUUUUUGGAGUCUCCUUCAAAAACAAAGUUUUGUAGCAUUUAUCAUUACAAUGAAAUAAUAUUGAUAUUGCCCUUGGAAGUUUCAUGAAUUCGUGAAGAGUCAUCUGUUUUCGUUUUUAGUGUCAAGUUUUUGUUGGAUUUAAAAAUUAAUCUGUUUUAUCAAUGUAGAGUAGUGCGGUGGAGUCUCAGCUAACAAGACAUUUAAAAAAUGACUCCGACACCCCGCUGACAAAAAAUUGAUACUGACUGAAUACAGUGUCUACUUAUUGAGUUCCUCCUAAGUUCCUAACUCCCAAUUCUGUGAAAAACACAUUUUGACUGAUUGUCUGUUGAGAAUG